GGCUGGGAUAACGACGUGGAUUCUGUGCACGCUGUUCUACAAUGAUACCAAACAUGUUUCAGGACAAUCUAACAAAGUGUAUUUAACAUGGAAUCUGCGAAGUGUAGGAUUAUAUUGUAUGUGAAUUGUCUAUAUUUUAUAUGAGGUUAUAGCGAGGGAAAAUGCCUGGCCGUUUAUCUAUGGAAUUGGCCUGUGAUAGACAGUGGAUGUGUAGUCUUAUCGAAAAUUCAGGAUAUUCCGAAGGGAUUCCCACACAGAAAGGAUGUUUAUGUAGGUUUAUCAAAAUCACGAGAACUAUUUCACAAAUGUCGGGAAAAUGUUUACAGAAACAAUCUUCAACUGAAAAUUACCGAAGAUAUUUCGCCUCAAUAUAGCUUCAUGUUAUGAUGGCGCAGUGAUCGCUCUAAGCACCAUCAGUUUGAAGCAUUUUGAACAACUAAACAUCUCUUUCUAACGGAUGAAAAAAACAACAUCGAGUGUGUAUGGUGAUGCCGCGAUAGUUGAAAGGUUCCUGAAAGCAAUAUAAAUUUUGAUCUACUGAGAAUGGUCAUGCUUUGUCUACCGUACAACUUUACGAGAAUAUGUUUCUGUGUUAAAAGCUAUAUUUCACGGGAGAGAGAACACACCGUCAAUCUGUAACACAUUGAAACAGUGGAGACAAAAGUCAUGACUGUUAACAAAGCUACAAGCUCGUAAGUUCGCACGUCAGAUCAAAGUAAUGGAUACAACUCUCUUCUCCAAAAGUGUUUUACUCGGUGAUUUCGUGUUCGGAGGUACAGUGUGAAAGUGUUAAGAUCAUGUGUUGGAUCCCCUUCGACUGUCUGGAAACACUUAACACUUUUAAGAAUCGUUUACAACAGGAGAGGCUUAAAUUGUUCAUCACUGACAAAGUGUGAGUUUUGUUUCAUUCCAUUUGUUAACACUGUUUUAUUUUUUUUAUAAACUAAAAUAUUUCAUGACUCUCAAUCAACGCAAACAACACGUAUAUGACGAAAGCAAUACAGAUUUUAGUUCUAUAUAUCACCAGCACGCGUUAGAAUUAGUAGAUGUUGUCACAUCUCGAUGACACUAUGGACCUUCCUGGAACAUCGGUGAUCCAAGGGAAGAGUCGGUUAUCCAGCAUGGAAACAAACGUAAGCAUUGGAACAGUACAAGAUCGGUUGUAUGAGUGGAAUUCCAGUAUUUCAUUAUCCUUAAUUCCUAACGAUAUCAUUCUGGGAUUAUAUCUCACUAUCGGUGUACUCGGAAACCUCAUCGUCCUGUACGUCUAUAUUUUCAAAAUGGAGAAUAAAAAAGAUGUCCGUUAUUUCAUUCCCGUUCUGGCAGUGACAGACGCCGUAGCCAGCCUGGCCGGAUGUGGUGUAAGUUUGUUGACCAAUGUAUAUCCGGUUAUGUUUCCGGUUGCAGGUUUAUGUGAAUGUUUGUGGUUUUUCGCGAUAGUUGUAUUGAUAUGGUCAGGUUUGCUAAAUCUGGUGAUAGCGUAUCAACGGUACAUGAAAAUAUGCCGCCUUGGCAAAAAUAUGACCUUAGCAUUUCGCCGGAAGACGCUUUUCAUCACCGGAACUGUGGCCACAAUACUGUCGCUACCCUCUUGGGCUUUCUUCGCAAGAGUACCUGUGUAUAAUUACCGGACAAACGUGACCGGAAAUCGAUGCGGAAGUCGAUACGAAACUGACCAUACCUUUAAAGCAUUGAUUUACAUAUACCAAGGAAUUAAUGGAAUGUUAAGUCUGGUGAUAGUUAUUGGAAUAAUAGUAUUUUAUAGCUCUGUGGGAACAACACUUUACCGACAGGAAAACCGUUUAAAACGGCACGUGAGUUCGAAGGUUCCCUCAAGUCCGAGCCGGAAGUCUGCUGACGUUGCACCAUGGAGAGAAUCCUUGGAUGUUACUAGCAAUGGAGAGUCCAAAGGUAUGACGAAAAAUGACUUAAUCAGCAUAGGAGGUUCAACAGUGGAUGUACCGAGAACAGAAACUUGUAGGCUCACUGACCAAAUAGCUAAACAUGACAGUUUGUCCUCUAAUUUAGAACGUGAACCUUCUUCGAAGAGUCAGGCAGCACGUUAUAGAGUAACGUAUAUGUUCAUGACUUUAGCUCUCGCCUAUAUCCUGUGUCUCGUACCAACUUUUGCCGUAAAUCUUUCCAAAAACAUAGAGUCUAAUGAUUUCUGGGUCAAUUUCAACAACGAUGAAGCGUAUUCCUUAUCAAUUAUGUUCUGUCUAAGACUACACUUGAUAAACAAUGUCAUGAAUCCGUUUAUAUAUUUUACCUUUGAUAAACAUUUUAGGAGGGAAGUCAUCAAAUUAUCUUGUUUUGCCAGAUGCUUAAGAUACAGAAGCUGACAUAUAUAUUUCGCUCAAUAGAUACAAAUAAUAGCAUUUAACAUGUCGACUAGUGUAUUACCAGAAUGUCAAUAAUAAAGAAUCAAAUAUUGGUAA